AUGAGCGAUUUGGGCUUGCUGAGCUUCUACCUUGGCAUCGAGGUGAAGCAUACGGCGAACGACAUCUCCCUCAACCAAGCGGCGUAUGCCGGCAAGAUCGUCGAAAAGGCCGACCUGGUGGGGUGCAAUCCAACCCACACCCCCAUGGAACUGUGCUUCAAGCUCAGCAGGGUGAGCUUUGCACUGGCCAGGGACGAGACGGCGUAUCGAAGCGUCGUCGGCGCGUUGCGCUAUCUGGUGCACACGCGCCCAGACAUAGCAUACUCUGUCGGCUAUGUGAGCCGGUUCAUGGAGGCCCCGACGACAGAGCAUCUCGCUGCAGUCAAGCAGAUCAUCAGGUAUGUUGCCGGGACACAGCACUACGGCUGCUUCUUUGCCAUGGGAGCCGCCGAGGCAACUCUGGUGAGCUUCAGCGACAGCGACAUGGCGGGCGAUGUCGACACCCGCAAGAGCAUGACUGGCAUCCUCUUCUUCCUUGGCCGGAGUUUGAUUAGCUGGCAAUCACACAAGCAGUGA